AUGCCUGUAGCAGAAGAGGGGUGCGGUGGGAGGCCAUGGCCUGGCCUAGACUCGGUGAUGGAGAUGUUGGGUUACAGGAAGAAAGAGGCAGCUGUGGGGCUUAGCGGGAGGGGCAGGGACUGGGGAGAGGCCAAGGCCUCUGGCAAAGCCUCCAGCAGUGAAGGCAGGGAGGAGGGCAGCUCCGAGGGGGAGGCUGUGGAUGUCUGGGAGGCCCAGCAGAUGAGGAAGGCCCUGCGGGUCACAGAGAUGGUACGUGUGCCUGGCGGACCCAUUACCCCCCACUCCUGCCCAGGGGAGAAGGUGGUGCUGGCCUUGGCGGGGACCACGCUCUGGGCCUCGAGGGAGGGAGGUGAGGUCCAAGGCACGUGGGCCUUCCUCCUUGUGCUGGGAGACCUGCAAGGGGCUUGGGAAAGGACCCUUGUGCUCUCUGGCUGUUCUAGGAACUUGACCCCAGCCUUGAUGUGCAGAACCGUCAUGUGGUUGGCAUCCUUGGAGGGCGUGCACCGUUCCCACCAGAGGGAGUAUGAGAGAUUCUUGCGGGACCGGGACAGUGCCAAGAACGCCAUCGCGGACCUCGAGAAAGCGCCUGACCCUGCUCCCACGUAUGCCUUUUACAGGGGCCUGAAGGCCUACCUGGCCGCCCUUGUUGACUGCCUCAGUGAGAAGAUCAUGGUCAUUCAGCAGUUAGAGUCAGCCAUGCAUUCCCUCCUGCAAGAACACGCCGCCUUCUCCCUGAAGCGGCGGCAGGCAGAGUUACAGGAGGAAGCCGCGCACUUGCAGCGACUGGCAGCCAGAAAGAUGGAUGACGCCCCAGAGCCCAGCGGCUUGGCAGAGGAUGUUGGCGCCCAGAAACUCCCAGACAAGACUGCUGCCUGCAGGGUGCGAAGAAGACAAGCCAGGGAGAGUUCGGGGAUGUCCCAGCAUGAGGAAGGCACGUACAGUGAUGGCGACGAUGACAGCAACAGCGUGUCUCCAUCAGAGGGGGCCGACUUCCGGGAAAGGCGAGGGGCUAUUUUACGAAGCUGCCACAGUGUUUUCAAAGAUGUCAAUGAGGAAUUUUCUGAUGUCCAGAAGAUUUUACUGAAAUUCCAGCAAUGGCGAGAACGCUUUCCUGAUUCCUAUCACGAAGCUUACGCCAGUCUCUGCUUGCCCAAACUUUUUAGUCCCUUCAUAAGGAUUCAGAUGUUGGAUUGGAACCCUCUGAAGCCAGACUGCGUCAGUCUGCAGCACAUGCCCUGGUUUCAGUCCCUGGAGGGAUUCGCCAACAGUGGGGCAGCCACCCAGAGGGAGGAAGAGAGCCCUGAUAGAGAGAUCCUGCCAGCUGCCCUGGAGAAGACGGUCCUGCCACACAUCAUAGGUUUUGUCAGAUUCCUCUGGGACCCUGUGUCCACGUCACAGACCAGAAGCCUCGUGCAGCACUGUAGGGAGAUCCUUGGCCUUUGCGCAGCUACACAAGGCAGAGGGGGUCACGCCACUCAGCAGGAGCUGAAGGACUCAGUCGUUUCAAGAUUGAAGAAGGCAGUCGAGGAAGACGUCUUUAUUCCCCUCUAUCCAAAAAGGGUUGUGGAGGACAAAGCCUCACCACACGCCAGGUUCCAGGAGCAGCAGUUCUGGUCAGCUGUGAAGCUCUUGGGCAACAUUCUUCUCUGGGACGGCCUCGUCCUCAAGGAUGCCUUACGUGAGCUGGUACUGGACAAGCUGCUGAGCCGCUACCUUGUCAUCGGGCUCUCGAAUGCCUGCCCCGGGCCAGGAGUGGCUGAAAAGUACCGCAGGGUGGUUGAGAGUCUCCCCAAAAGCUGGCUUAGUGGGCAGCAUGCAGGGUCUUCCGUUCCCCAGCUCUCCAGCUUCACGAACGCGCUGGUGCGGGCAGCGCAGCAGCUCCAUGACAGUGAGCUCAGGUCCGAAGUGGGAGAGAUGGUCCUUCUGUUGGUGAAGAUGAAGGCUCUGACGCAGGCCCGAGCCUUCGUGGAAAGAAACCAGCUGGAUCUGCUGCGGUCAUGUGUGAAUGAGCCACAGUGACGGGCAGGGAAGAGGGCAGCCUUGGCCCAAGGCCACUGCCACCUGAAGUGCCUGCUGGUCUGGGUGUGCAGACCCCUCCCCCUUCCGCCCCCUCCUGCUGGGAUUGAUUCCACCAUCAUCACCACCCGCCCCCUUGGUGUAUUGUCUAGCCACACAGUUAAGUGCUCAAUAAACGUUUAUUGUACUGCU